AUGAGUACAGAAAAGGCCACGGGCCAACCGCCCCAUCCAGCUCUCCUCAUUCCUGGUCCUAUCGAGUUGGACGACGAUGUUGUGCAGUCAAUGUCUCAUUACGCCGAGUCGCAUGUCGGAGUCCCCUUCUGCAAUACCUUCGGCGAGACCCUAAGCAUGCUCCGGAAGCUCUUCCAAACCACAUCCCCACAAUCACAACCGUUUGUCAUAGCAGGCAGCGGUACUCUGGGCUGGGACAUGGUAGCUGCCAAUGUCGUCGAGCCCGGCGACGAAGUUCUAGUCCUGCACACAGGCUACUUCGCCGACUCCUUUGCCGAUUGCUUCGAAACCUAUGGUAUCAAAGCCACUCAACUCAAAGCCCCAGUUGGCGACCGCCCACAGCUCCCCGAGAUCGAAAAAGCCCUCACCUCAAAGAAAUACAAAGCCUUAACCGUCACCCACGUCGACACCUCCACCGGCGUGCUCUCACACCUGCAAUCUCUCUCCGAGCUUCUCGCCCGCGUCUCCCCCUCCACUCUCUUCAUCGUUGACGGCGUCUGCAGCGUCGGCUGCGAGGAGCUCCACUUCGACAACCUGCGCAUCGACGUCUGCCUCACCGCGUCGCAGAAAGCCAUCGGCUGCGCCCCAGGGCUGAGCAUAGUAAUGUGCUCUGGGCGCGCGAUGGAGAGUUUCCACAACCGCAAAUCCCGGCCGGGAUCGUACUACGGCAGCUUCAGGAAUUGGCUACCCAUCAUGCAGAACUACGAGACCAAGAAACCGAGCUAUUUCGCCACCCCUCCAACCCAGCUAGUACACGCACUCCACACGACGCUGACACAAGUCCUUAGCCGCCCCCUCAGCGAACGAUUCGAGCAGCACAAGAAGAUGAGCCAGAAAGUCAAGAAAGCGGUAGCAGAUCUAGGUCUGGACCAGGUAGCUUCGAAACCGGAAAAUCAAGCCAACGGCAUGACGGCCAUGUAUCUGCCCGAGGGGCUAACGCCGCCGGAAAUCCUACCGAGUCUGGCAAAGAAGGGCGUCGUGUUUGCGGGCGGACUGCACAGGGAGAUAGCGAGCAAGUAUAUCCGGUUCGGGCAUAUGGGGGUUAGUGUUAUGGAUGAGGGGAGGGGAGAUAUUGAGAGAGCGAUUGAGGCGUUGAGGGAGGGGUUGGCGGAGGUGCAGCGGGAAAGGGGGGACAAGAGCUGA